AUGGUUGAAGAAACAAAUAAUAAUGAAAUGAAUGAGAAUACCAGCACUGGAAAUCAUACAGACACUUUGAAAUGUAUCAUUGCUCCUCAAAGUGAGGAUAACUCAAUAAUAACAAUACUGCCUACAUCUACUCUUGAAAUUCCAGGUGAGUUUAUUGUGUUUUUUGAUUUAACUACCUACGCUUAUAAACUACCAUAUUGUCAGCCUCAUUUUAAAAUUUUUGUUCUAUUCACAAUAAGCAAACUAUUAAAUAACGCAAUCAUCCCAACAGAACUUAUAGAUGAGACAGGCAUAAAUUAG